CUUUUUCCGGCUGAAUCAUCCCCUCUUCCAUUUCUGUUUUAGUCUGAUCACUGAUACAUGCUUCAAUCUCUAAUCUAAAGGAAAAUUUGUGAAUUUGCUUUGUUGACGUGACGCAACCGUUUGUUAUCAGCAGAAGUUUUUUUGGUGCUGUUGUGAAACAAGGAAUUGACGGUUUUUGGUGUCUAAGAAAAUGGUAUUAAAGUCAGUGUCUAAACAUAAUAAAAAAGUCACACCAAGGAAAGAUGAAGUCAGUGCGACAAGGAAAGAUGGAAAUCGUGCUGGUUUAAGAAGUAAUUCGAAGAAAACACUUACUGAUAUUGAUAAUCAGCCUAAGAUUUGGCAAUAUGCUAUACCUGUUGAUGAAUGGUUUGUAGCAAAAGUGCAAACUACUUUAAAUCAUGAUCCCAUUUUAAAGUUAAAAACCAAAUUGAAUGAUGUUGAGUUAGAUUUGUUUAGAAAGAGUCCCUUUGGUUAUUUUCUUGAUAUGCCAGUUUUUAAGGUUCAAACACAAGUUUUGCAUUUCCUUUUAUUGAGGUUGCUUAACCAACCGAAUGCAAAUGAAUUGUGGUUUAAUAUUGGGGGAGUGAGACUGAAAUUUGGGAUUGAUGAGUUUGCCUUAGUUACAGGUUUGAAAUGUCAUGGAGAUAUUAGUAAACUUAGGUUUAGAAACACAUCUGAUGGGAUCUUUGACAAAUAUUUUAAGGACCUUAGUUGUUUUAAUAAGCAAGCCUUAGAGGAUUUUUUUGUCACUAGGAGAUGGUCUAGUCCGGAAGAUGGAGUUAAAAUAGCAAUUUUGUAUUUUCUUGAUGUGUUUCUGUUUUCGUCUCAAAACGUAAAACGUGUUUCCAUAGUCAACCUUAACAUAAUUGAGUCAAGUGAGUGCAAUGAAUUUCCAUGGGGACUGGAUUGUUUUAAUUGUGGGAUAGAUGAUUUAAAAGAUAAGUUGAAAGGGAAAAGUAAGCAAUAUGAAGAAGAAGGUAAAACCCCGUUUUAUCGGCUGGCUGUUUUCAUUUAUGCCUUGCAAUGUUGGUUCUAUGAAUGUUGCCCUGUCGCGGUCAAUAACCUUGCAAUUUUGGAGAAUGGUGAUGCUAUCCCGAGAAUUUUGAGAUGGAAAGUUGACAAUAAUCCUGGCGUUGCGGAAUUAGAGAAGCCUUUCUUCUCUUUGAGUGGAAAACAGAUGAAGUUGAGGAAAAUCACUCCUUCUGUUGAGGAGAUGAAAAAGUUGGACUUAUCUCAUUUUUUUAUCAAGGGAAAGGAUAAGAAGAAGGAGGUGAGCGAGAAUUUAUCUGAUUCAGAAGAUGAUAAAGCUGAGUAUCAAGGUGGUGAGGCAUCAUCUUCAGCUUUACCAAAGAAAAGAUUGCAUCUUGAUCAUUUUGAGAAAGAGCUGCAGACGGUGGUUUCUUCUCAAAAUAAAAUUGUGGAAGAUUUGAACUGCUUUAAAGAUUAUGUGACUCUUCAGUUUACUAAUCUUUUUAAAGUUCUUGAUUCAAUCAAGAAGAGCUCAAAUGUAAUUGAAGAGCAGACAAACUUGCAUAAUGGAGCUUCAAUUAGUGAUAAUGGGUCUGAUGACAAGGAGGAGGAUAUAUCGUUUAAGGUGAUCAAUCGCAAUAUUGUUCAACCUAUUGUGGAAAAAAAGAACAAUUUGGCGGAGGAUGAUACGGCAGUAGAGAAUAAAAAGGAGGUUGAGCAACAAGAUCAAACUAAUUUAUCUCAAGUUGAUGAAGCAGCAAAUGAGUUUGAUAAAGUUUCUAGUGAUGAAGUUGAGCCUGAAAUCGUAAAGGCUGCAGAAUGCAACAUUGAUAAGACGUUAAAGGAUGCACAAUGCAACAUCGAUACUAUUUUAAAGGAUGUAGAAUGCGAUAUCGAUGAAAUGGAUGCUGCCACUUUUGACGAAAUUAUUUCUUCUGCUACAAUUGCAGUUGAGAAAAUAAAAUCACAAAAGAAAGCUAUGGCAUGUUCAUCUAGUGACAAUAGAAAUCAUCCUGAAAUUAUCGCUGCAGCUAUGUGUCUAGAUGCUUUUGAGAUUGCUGAGAACAAGGGUGGUUGUUCAAAUCCAAACCUUGAAGCUGUUAAUGUUUCAAAUACUUUAUCAUCUGCCUCGAAUUUUGAGAACAAGGGUGCUUGUUCAAAUCGAAGCCUUGAAGCUGUUGGUGUUGUUUCAAAGACUUUAUCCUCUGCUUCGAAUUUUGAGAACAAGGGUGCUUGUUCAAAUCGAAGCCUUGAAGCUGUUGGAGUUGUUUCAAAGACUUUAUCCUCUGCUUCGAAUUUUGAGAACAAGGGUGCUUGUUCAAAUCGAAGCCUUGAAGCUGUUGGUGUUGUUUCAAAGACUUUAUCCUCUGCCUCGAAUACUGAGUGCACGUCUGUUCAUGAACAUCCGAGUCAUGUAUUGGCUGAGACUGUUUCAGAGUCAUUACCCUCAAAUUUGAACGCCAACCUCGUUCAUGCAAAUCUGACUGCUGUAGUACAUGAUGCUGCUCCGGUUUUAAAUGAUAUUGAUGCAUCAUUUGAUUUUUGCAAGCAAAUUGAGUUUGAUUUAUGGCUUGGAAAAGGAUUUAAAGAGAAAAACAGGUACAAGCAUUAUUCUCCUGAGGACAAUGAGAUUGCACCUCCCUUUGAGAUGUAUGUUGAUCAAAUAAGCAAAAAAACAUGGUUCUCUUAUCUGAACUACAGUGGUCUGCCUUUAUCAUGUUCUCAUAUCGACGUGUUGUUUUAUUUUUUGAGGGAGAAGCAAAAGUCGAGGCCUAAUGUGAGAUGCACCACUGCUGACAAUAUCUUUGAUAGACGCAUGCAAAGUUUGUAUGCUUCAUAUUUGUCGACUUCUGAUGCUGAAAAGUUUUUGAAAGGGGACGCUUUGAUUUUUGAUUAUAUGCGGGGUAAGAAGAUUCUUAUGGGUACUCCUUGGAGUGAAGUUGACGACGUUUUAUUUCCUAUUCAUGUGGGAAAUAGUUGGCAUUGGAUAUUGGCGCGUUUAUCGUUCAAGGAUAGGUGCAUUUAUAUAUACAACUCUAAAAAGUCACCUAUUCUCAACCGAACGGCGGCUGAAGUGGUUAUGGGGUAUUGUGUCCUGAUUCCAAGGUUGUUAGUCAUGGGUAAUUUACUAUCGUCUAUCAAAGCUAUUGAUUUGUCUUCUCCUGCUUAUGUUGGGAAAACCAAAUUUGAACCUUUUGCUUUGUCUCAAGUUGAUGGCUUACCAACACAAUCUGACAGUGAUUGUGGUGUAUUCGUGGCUGCAUUUGCUGAGUAUAUCAUCGAAGGGAGGAAGGUGCCUUUGCGUAUCUCGAUUGAAAAUAUGAGGUCUAGAUAUUGUACUUUGUUGUAUGCUCACGCACUGUCAAAGCAACCACCAAUGGAGGAAACCAAUACUCAAGCUGCACCAAUUGUAGAAGAAGGACGAGGGAAAAGGAAGAAGAUCAAAGCAGAGAUUAAAGACAUUGGAGCUGAAUCAAAGGUUGAACAAGGCAGGGGGAAAAGGAAGAUUAUCAAAAUAGAGAAUAAGUGAUUUUUUAAUAUGAAUUAUGAUACUUUGAUACUUUGUCUAAAAAUAU